UCACAUUCAUUCCAGGAGGCGGAGUGAGGCAGACGCAAGUUACUUGCAGUGGAAGUUGAAGUUAUCUUUCAGCAUCAGAGCUGUUGGCAAACAAAUCUGUUCUUUACAGGAGAAGAAGAGAUUGAAGACAAGGAAGGAAAAAUCGCCUAAGUUGUUGUUGUGCGGAUCCAUCCCAGUCAGAAGUGGUGUGUGUUACCUCCCAGUGGUCUGUGGUCCUCUCCAAGAGCUGAAACAUGAGUCUAAGCACAAGUGAGCUGGAGGACUUGUGGGAGUCAUUAAGUGACCUGAACUUCUCUGAUACCUUCAGCAACAUUACAAGUGUGGAUGCACUGGUGUGUGCCACAGCAUUCAACCGCAGCGCUCUGCUGUACUCGAUGUGUGUUCUCUACACUUUCAUAUUCAUCGUUGGUCUGGCUGCUAACACACUGGUCCUCUGGGUAAACAUUCGUGCUCAAAGAGACUCCACCCCUCGCCAUGAGACGCACAUGUACAUUGCACACCUGGCAGUUGCAGACCUGUGCGUCUGCAUAACACUUCCCGUAUGGGUAAGCUCUCUGGCACAGCAUGGCCACUGGCCGUUUGGAGAGGUGGCGUGUAAACUCACACACCUGAUGUUCUCUGUCAACCUCUUCAGCAGCAUCUUCUUCCUGGCCUGCAUGAGUGUGGAUCGUUACAUAAGUUUGACCCAGCAUAGAGAUGAGGGAGGUGCACGGAGGAAGUUUAUUCGCCGUGGUGCAUGUGUAGGGGUGUGGCUUCUGGCUCUGGUGGCCUCCUUGCCGGACACCUACUUCCUGCGCACUGUGAAGUCAACACAUGGGGACACCAUGUUGUGCAGGCCUGUGUACCCAGAGGACAACCCCAGGGAGUGGAUGGUGGGAGUGCAGCUGAGCUUCAUCCUGCUGGGCUUUGUUCUCCCCUUUCCGGUCAUUGCAGUGUUUUAUGCCCUGCUGGCCAGAGCUUUCACCCGUUCCUCCUCUUCUUCAUCAUCAUCUAACCCAGUGGAGCAGGAGCGUCGUGUAAGCCGCAGGGUGAUUCUGGCUUACAUCGUUGUUUUCCUGGCCUGCUGGGGUCCCUACCAUGCCAUCCUUCUGGCUGAUGCCCUCUCGCAGCUGGGCGUGGUACCGCUGACUUGUGGCAUGGAGAAUGUGAUCUACGUGGCCCUACAUCUCACCCAGUGCCUGUCCCUGCUCCACUGCUGUUUCAACCCCAUCCUCUACAACUUCAUCAACAGAAACUACCGCUACGACCUCAUGAAGGCCUUCAUUUUUAAAUACUCGACUAGGACGGGCUUGGCACGUCUCAUCGAAGCUUCGAACAUGUCUGAGACUGAAUACUCUGCUGUUGCUGUAGAAAACCCACCUGACAGACAAAACCUAAAUGACUCCAAUGCAAUAUAAACUAAUGUCUCAGCUGAUUUACUCUGUCCAUUGUCCAAAGCCAAUCCAGCAUUCUUUUUACAGAAAUCUGCUUUUGCCAUAGAAAAACUUGAAGAUUAAAAAGCACUUAAAGCAGCUUAAAAUAACAGCUAAUAGUAAAAUCAUAUAUAUGUAUUCAUUAUAGUUGUAAAGCCAAAACAAGGACUGUAAAUUGUAUGAAAUCACUUCCUUUUUUUAUGUGUAUGUGUGAAUGUGUAGUGAGUGUAUUUGCAUGUGUUGUGUAAUGUAUGCUGAUAGUACCAGCAGAGUAAUAUCAUUGUAUCUAGUUGUAUUUAUAUUCAUUUAAAUGGUUUUGCAUGGCUGAUGAUGUAAUGCGAAGUCUUCACACACUGAUGUCAGCUCAGUGCUCCACAUUGCACAACACUGCCUCAUCAUUCAGAGUUGAGCCACUGACUGGCUCCUUGCAUUAGUCCUGCUGUCUCAUGAUGAAUCAUAACCUCAGGCUGCAUCAGCUGAAGCCUUCAGAAAAGUUUGGUUUUUAAAGAUGGUGUAGUCCCACUUGUUUAUAUAAAUCUUUGCAUUUUUGCAUCUGCUUAAAUGAGAAGUCUAAUAUCAAUCUCAUUUGUAAACUAAAUAUGAAGCAGCAGGAAGUUACUAAUUAGUGUACAUUUAGCAAACCAGGAUACGUUACCACUUACGUUUCCUUCAGUUCUAAAUAUCUUAAAACAUUGGAGGCUUCAGCUCUGACUACUGAUCUUGCAGAGCAAAUGUGUACAUACAGCUCUUGACUUUGCUGACACAGACUGUUGUGACUGUAAUUUAUAACAGUGCUAGUGGAGGAAGAGAUACAUGUAUCCAUGUUGUUAAUCCUACUAUUAGCACGCAGGCUUCAGACAGCUCACAUUUUAUGAGCAAAUAACAUGAAUGAAUAGCCUUACUUCUCUAAUGCAGACAGCAGCUGUGGUGUGCAACAUUGUUUGAGACCAAAUUACAAAAACAUCAACACAUUCCUUUAUAGCUGUGUGUGUAUGUGUAUAUGAACCAAAGCUUGAUGCCAGGAGAUGAUUAUUUGUCACAGACAUCGACUCUUAACACAUUGAAUCUGCUUACUGUAUUAUUUUGCAUUGCUGGCACAGAGCGUGUUUGGUCACGUGAUUGGAUACACAUGCUUGUACUUGGCAAAGAUUUUAGUUUGUGAUUAGAAAAGAAUUGAGACAGACAUGUCUUUACAAGAACAGAGGCAUUCCUCUGACAUUGUAAUGUGUAACAUGUGUUUUUCUAUGUAUUAAAUACGGAGAAAAUG